CAGAAUCAAGAUAAGACACUUGUGGAGAACUCGUGCCACAUUCACUUGUGUGGUGCAGCCACGAUACAUGAUAUAUAUUAUCACACACUUUUUUUUUAUUACCAAAACUUGUCCACCCCAUUAUUUUUCUCAUCAUCAUCAUCACCAAGACACACAAGUGUUAGGUGUAGAUUUUCUUCUUAGUUUGGAAUAACAUGGCUUCCAUCAUCAUGUCAUUUGCUCCAGCAACUGGUAGAGUCUUUGCAGCCACUGCAGCAAAGGGUGCUGGUGGCAGCAGCAAGGAAGAGAAGGGUCUUCUUGAUUGGAUCCUUGGAGGGUUGCAGAAGGAGGACCAGCUGCUAGAGACUGAUCCUAUCCUCAAGAAGGUGGAGGAGAAGAACAACGGAGGCACCACCACUGGCCGCAACAAGAACUCUGUGGCAGUGCCACAAAAGAAGAAAGGUGGUGGCUUUGGAGGCCUCUUUGCCAAGAACUGAAGAACAAGUCUAUAAUUUACCUUACAUUUAUUUUUACUUGUUUUCUCAAAUGCAUGCAUUGUUGUCUUGUCCACUUGAUCUUAUGGAAUAUUUCAUGUUUGGCUCUGUUGAGUCAUUUUAUUUACAGAAUUAUAUCGAUUCAUUUUGGAUCAGUUACCAGCCAGGUACAAUCUGUUGAUUAACAAUUUUAUAUAUUUUGGAGAUUUUUGGUAA